AUGCUCACGCUGUAAUCAAAGCAGCAGAUGGCUAGGGAGUGCAGUUGUGGUAACAGCGAGACUUGAUUUUUAAAGAUUUUAAAAGGUAUUAUUUAUUAUCCUGUUUGUUCAUAUGAUAAAUUAAUAACUACAUUCAGUAGAGAUUUUUUAGAGAUAAAAUAAAAUGAAUUUCAUACUCAACGUAAUAGUUUCGGCUUUCGUGUGUGGAUAUGUUUUAGAAGUAGAUGGCAUCCCAACAAACCACUCAGUUCAAAUGGGAAAUACAGCAUUUUUUCAAGGCCCGUAUGACCAAUCUAAUAUCAAAUUAUUACAUUUUCAAGGAAAAAGUUAUUAUCUUGGCAUAACUUUUAAGACGUCAUUUCUGCAAGCCAGUUUGUUCUGCCAAAUGAUACACAUGCAACUGGUUUCGAUUCACUCAGCUGCGGAAAGUGAUAGACUGUACAGGUACAUUAUGGACACCAUUGGGGCAGGAAACAAUUUUUGGUCAUCUGGCUCCAGACUUGUAGACGACAAAACUUGGCUAUGGCUUUCCACAGGAAAGAAAAUGAAAUAUACUAACUGGGUAUCUACCCAACCAGACAACAGUAACAACAACGAAAGGUGCAUCGAGCUCGCUCCAGAAAAUAAUGGGCUGUAUUGGAAUGAUCUGGCCUGCGAAAAAUCGGAUUACUUUAUUUGUGAGAAAUAUGACGACUUACUUCAUGGAUCCGAUGAUUCAAAUAAACCCACUGAUGGUGGUGCCUGCCAAGGGAUAAAUGAUCAAUUUCUGCCUCAAACAUCAGGAGUCGAAAGGAAGUACAGGGUCGCCAAAGUAAAAGCAACCCAAGGAACAGCUUCCCUGACAUGCAAGCAGUAUGGAAUAGAAUUAGUUAGCAUACCUAACAAGGAGACUAACGACAUACUGACUAAUGUGAUUUCUCAAUACGAUAAAACAGUCAAUUAUUGGACAUCCGGAAUCAAACACUCCAACGGCAAAUGGAUAUGGUGGGACCAUCGAACCGUAGCUUAUACCAACUGGGCACCAACAGAGCCAAAUAACCUUCGAAACCCAGAAUUCUGUAUACAGUUGCAGCCAAACGGAAAAUGGAGCGACGUUAAUUGCGACAACAAAUUAUACUUUAUCUGCGAGACACUCAACAUAGCAACUUCGAGUUUCUGUAACCCACAGCUAUCAGUAAACAUACACAUUCACAAUAAACAGGAGAUUGCCGCAAAUGGAUCAGAUACAACUUUUUCAUGUGGUGAAGAGAGAAAUAUUGCUGCUGAUGGCGACGAUCCUUUUUAUGCCAUUGAACCCCGCAUACGCUCUAAUUGAUUACAUAUGAGUUAAAUUUAAAGAAAUAGAUAUUGUUAGUGCCCCUAGGCAAAUAUUAGGAAUAAACUUUUAAAAAUGUAUUGAUCUUAUAAUAUUACUUCACAUACAAUGUUUUUAUAUA